AUGACAAACCGCAACGUCCAAGCCAUGGACGAGGCACGACGAAGCGCAAGCUUCGACUCAAAGAAGAUGGCCGAGGCCAUCUACGGAAGAGAAGAACACAACCGCCACAUUACAGCUUUCCAACGGGUUGAGCAAGCCCUUGACACCGCGGACAACAUGAAGCUCCCCCCUUGUUACCGCGACAUGAAUCGGCAAGAGCUCCUUCUCGAGGGUCUCCGGACCGGAAAGGUCGUGUACGAAGAUGGUGUAGACAACAACUGCGGUGUCUUCGAAUAUGUCACACAUCACGGCAGCCUCGCGAAUGCUAGCCCCUUCGGUCUGAUGCGCUUCCUGUUCAUCCCUCCCGUCAAGCAGCUGGGCACAGACGAGCAAAUCGCUCAAUGGGUCCCACUCGCCGAAGCAGGAAAGAUCAUUGGCUCGUACACGCAGACUGAGCUUGGCCAUGGUACUCAAGUUCGAGGCAUUGAGACAACUGCUACCUUCGACAAGGAGACGGAUGAGUUUGUAAUCCAUUCUCCAACCUUGAGCUCGACUAAAUACUGGCCUGGAGGGCUGGGUGUUGUCUCGACGCAUACGCUUCUGAUGGCGAGAAUGAUUCUUGAUGGGAAGGAUCUCGGUGUUCAUGCUUUCAUCAUGCAGAUUCGGUCAUUGGAUAACUUCAAGCCACUGCCUGGUAUUGAACUUGGUGACAUUGGUAUGAAGAUGGCAUACAACGGCACUGACAACGGCUAUGCAAUCUUCAAUCACGUCCGUAUCCCGCGCACAAAUCUCCUGAUGCGUCACUGCCAGGUGGCCAGAGACGGAUCGUACACUUCAAACCCCCUCCGGCAGAAGCUGGCAUUUGGAGGCAUGCUCAGUGGUCGCGGCAUCAUCGCCCGCGCUGCUACCUUCCAGCUCGCUCAAGCUUUGACAAUCACCACUCGGUACUCGGUCAUUCGUCAACAAGGUACCCUCUCCCCUCUUGGGGAACCAACUGCGAUCAUAGCCUACAAGCAUCAACACUCGCGGCUCCUCUCCCUCAUCGCAAAAUCAUACAUUAGUCUCCUGGCCUGGAAGAGCGCUAACGCUGCCUCCGCUGACCUCAAAUCCCGCCAGGAGAGAGGCGAUCAUAGCACACUGCCAUAUAUCCACAUGCUGAUGUGUGGCUUGAAGGCAUGGUCUACUCAAACAGCAGCUGACGGCGCCGAAGAAGCUAGGAAGAUGUGCGGCGGCUAUGGAUACCUAGCUAUCUCUGGCUUCCCGGAAAUCGCCGCGUCUGUCACCGCGACCUGUACUUUCGAGGGUGAGAACUUCGUUGCAAAGUACUUGCUCAAGGGCUUCGAUGCGAAGAAGCUUCCGGCGGAUAUGGCAUACAUGAGCGAAUACGAGACUGUUGCCGAGGACAAGGAAGUAUGCUGUGCGGCGGGAGAGGAUUUGCUCGCGCAUGAUGCGUUGCAGGAGAUCUUUGACUAUCGGGCUGCGACGUCGGCGCGUGAGGUGCACGAGGCGGUCAAGGCUUCCGAACGAGCUGGCAAGUCGCGACUCGAGGCGGAGAACACGCAUGCGCUGCAGCUCCAUGUCGCGGCACGAGCACACAUCGAAAGAUUCAUCCUGUCUGCUGCAGUUUGGCAACUCAACUGCCUGCCUGCCGCCACCCCGAGCGCCAUCAAGACUGUUCUUGGUAGACUCAUCUCUCUGUUCGGUUUGACGGCCAUCGCGAGCCCACUUGAACCGUUUGCGUCCUCGUUUCUUGGCUACGGCUAUAUCACUAGCUCCCACCUCAAGGAUAUGCAGAAGCAGAUCGAUGACUUGCUGGAGGUCUUGCUGCCGGAUGCGAUUGCGCUGACUGAUGCUUGGUCCUUCUCGGAUGCGAGUCUGGCUAGUGCGCUUGGAUGUGCUGAUGGCGAUAUCUGUGCGCGGCUCUUGGCCUGGACUAGACAGUUGCCCAUCAAUGUCGAGGCUGCGAAGAAUGGUGGCGUGUUCAAGAAGGGUUGGGAGGAGAACAUUCGUCCGUUCUUGAACCGGGACCUGUCGCAUCUCGACGUCAAGGCCAAGUUGUAAAAAUUUUUUGGCGUUGUUGGGUGCAUGGUUCGCUUUGCUGGGUUUGAUCUGCGGAGUUUGCUUUGCAUGGGAGUUGAAAUGUUUGCAUGCGUUGAUGGAGGAUGUCCCUUGCUACGUACGUAUGAGCUCCGAUAGAUCGCUCCACGAGGAGAGUAAUAGCUGAUAACUAAUUGCCAUGACUCAACC